AUAGCUUUAAAACUACAUCUCCCAACAUACACUGCAGCUCGUACUAGUCACGUGAUGUGUAUCACAUGAUGACAGAAGAAUGGCUGCUCCGGAGGAAGACGAUUUUACAGCCCUGCAACUACUGCUAAAGGCCUCGUCUAAAGAUGUGGUUGCGAAGCUCUGCAGAGAGUGUUUCCUGAGGUCAGCGAAGGAGUCACUACAGAUUACUGACAACGUGUCGUCCAGUUUAUCUGUCAGCGAAGAAGAGGCUGCUCAGCUAAUACAUGCGCUGCACAAGCUGACCAGGUAUGUCGUGUACCGAGGGCUGACGUCUGCAGAGGAAGUUCUCUCCAUAUUCCCUGAAAAUUUCCAUCAGAAUCUAAAACAUCUGCUGGCAAAGAUCAUUCUGGAUAAUGUAUCUACCUGGAGAAGUGAUGUACAGGACUCUCACAUCUCGUUACCGCAACUUGUUGAUCUGAACUGGAGGGUCGAUGUUAAGACGUCUUCAGACUCUAUCAACAGGAUGGCUGUGCCGACCGUUCUGUUACAGAUGAAGAUCCAGGAGGACCCAGAGCUUUGUGGCCUGGAGCUGUCGACAUCGACACUGAGCAUGGAGCUGAGCAAGGAGACCUUAGACACAAUGUUGGAUGGGCUGGGGAGGAUAAGGGAUCAGCUGUCUGCGGUCGCCAGCAAGUAAUCAUUAGUGAUAGGCUGUGAGGCUCAUCAGCUGCGCCCUUGAGUCUAAGGUGCCAGGGACAUUGUGCUCAGAACCAAUCAGGGCUGGUAUCUAUUUUAUAAAGAGGCAUUGGGCAGCCCCACCUAGAAAGCCCACAAGCACCCUCUGCGCAUAUAUAUGUGUAGUUGGUGGGUUGUUGUCAUCAUGCGGCACCGCGACUGAUGUAUGCUGUAUAAAUAAAUGGUUAGAUUUUCCCAA